GAGGGUCAGCUUUCUCUUCUAGUUCCCACCCUCGGACUUCUUAGCCCCUGGAAUUCGAGAGAGGCUCAGGGAGUUCCCGGAGUAGGGCGAAGAGGUAUCGCCCGAGAAGGCCUGGGGUCAAGACUCUAGUUGUACCAGGGAACCACUGGAGAGGAUCUUCCUAGAGUCCCUUUCCCUUUGUGGAGUGCUAUGGAGUUCCCAGAACACAGCCAGCAGCUGCUGCAGAGCCUCCGAGAGCAGCGGUCCCAGGGUUUCCUUUGUGACUGCACCGUGAUGGUGGGUAGUACCCAGUUCUUGGCCCAUCGGGCUGUGCUGGCCUCCUGCAGCCCAUUUUUCCAGCUUUUCUACAAAGAGCGGGAACUGGACAAGAGGGAUCUGGUGUGUAUCCACAACGAGAUUGUCACAGCCCCGGCCUUUGGACUGCUUCUGGACUUUAUGUAUGCUGGCCAGCUGGUCCUGAGGGGGGAUACCCCUGUGGAGGAUGUACUGGCGGCUGCCAGCUACUUGCACAUGAAUGAUAUUGUCAAGGUGUGUAAGCGGCGGCUGCAAGCCCGGGGACUGGCAGAGGCGGAUAGUACCAAGAAGGAAGAAGAAACCAACUCACAACCCCCUAAUUUGGAGUUUUUGUCCAGCACUUCCCGUGGUUCCCAGCCUUCGCUGGCAUCAGCAGAGACAUCAGGGCACUGGGGCAAAGGGGAAUGGAAAGGCUCUGCAGCUCCCUCACCUAUCUGUCCUCCAGAUGAGCCACCGAUGCCAGCUGGGGCUGACACUACACAGCCUGGCGUGGAGGUUGAGUCAUCGCAUCUUCGGGCACCUCCUCUACCAGUGGCUGAUGUCUCUCUUGCCAGCCCCAGUAGUUCCACAGAGACCAACCCUGCAAACUACUUCUCUGCGGGCCUCCCAACUGUUUCAGUGGAGCCACUGGCUCCACUUGAUGUGGGUUCUGAGAGCCUGAGGGUGGCAGAACCAAGGGCAACUGGAGGACCAUUGCAAGGCUUCUAUCCCCCAACUUCAGCUGCAGUCCCAGUUCCAUCCGAGGCUCCAGCCCCCGCGGAAGCUGAGCUGGUACAGGUGAAAGUAGAAGCAAUUGUGAUUUCUGAUGAGGAGCCUGACGUGUCAGAGGAACAGCCUCGAGGCCCCGAGGGACUCUUCCCUCCUGGAGGAGCCAUGUAUGGUGGACAGCCCCCCCAGCCAGAGGCCUUUGAGGAGCCACGGGCAGCAGGAUUGGAGGACGUGGGGCCCAGUGACCACUUCCUGCCGCCAGAUCCGCACCUACCCUACCAUUUGCUGCCAGGUCCAGGGCAGUAUCAUCGAGGACUGGUGACCUCGCCCCUGCCUGCUCCACCCGCCCUGCAUGAGCCACUCUACUUGCCUUCUGAGUAUGAAACAGCCCCAGGAAGCUUUGGGGGUUUUACUGAGGAUGUUCCUACUUGCAAGACAUGUGGGAAGACCUUCUCAUGCUCUUACACACUGCGGCGUCACGCCACAGUGCACACGCGGGAGCGACCCUACGAGUGCCGCUACUGCCUGCGCAGCUACACGCAGUCAGGGGACCUGUACCGCCACAUCCGCAAGGCUCACAAUGAGGACCUGGCCAAACGCAGCAAACCGGAUCCAGAGGCUGGCCCCGUCCUGGGAGCGCAGCCCCUCCCUGGCUCCCCGACCGCAGACAGACAGAACAGCAGUGCUGGAGGGCCACCCAAAGAUUUUGUAUUGGCUCCAAAAACUAACAUCCGGGAGAGCAUGAGCCGAUGCCAGGCCUGCUCUUGCUGCCACCAGGGGGCAGCACGGAAGGUGGAAGCACCUGAUUUCCUCUGCUGGGGACGGAAUGAAGAUUCUGCCCAGGCUGAAGGUUCCUACCCUUUUCUUUUCCCAGCCAGAGAGGACUUUAUGGGUAUUGCAUCUCAGCCAACUCCUCGCCGCCCUGGGAAUUUUCCUGAGAUGUAAUCGCUUCUCACUCUGCAUUUUGGACCAUAAAACUGGCAGUGAAAGUAUUUCUC